AUGGUGUCCCUCAUGGAAGCGUCCACCAAGCCGGGCUGCAACCAGGUAGCUGAUGUGGUGUUCGUCAUUGAGGGCACUGCCAACCUGGGCCCCUACUUUGAAUCCCUCAGGAAGAAUUACAUACUUCCAGCUAUUGAGUAUUUCAAUGGAGGACCACCAGCGGAAACAGACUUUGGAGGUGACUACGGGGGGACUCAGUACGGCCUGGUGGUGUUUAACACUGUGGACUGCGCCCCCGAGUCAUACGUCCAGUGUCAUGCUCCAACCAGCUCUGCUUUCGAAUUUGUGUCCUGGAUCGACAGCAUUCAAUUCAUGGGAGGAGGUGCAGAGAGUUGCAGCCUGAUCGCUGAGGGCCUCUCUGUGGCUUUGCAACUUUUUGAUGACUUCAAGAAGAUGCGGGAACAAAUAGGUCAGACACACAAAGUGUGCGUUCUGCUGUGUAACUCUCCGCCAUACUUGCUUCCCGCCGUGGAGAGUGUCAGCUACACGGGGUUCACCGCCGACAACUUGGUCAAAAUCAUCAGAGAUAGAGGGAUCCACUUCUCGGUGGUGGCCCCGAGAAAGCUGCCGGCGUUGAGAGCUCUGUUUGAACGGGCCUCUCCAGUGGGGGGCGUUGUGGAGCCUCAUCCGGACUACAGCCAAGACAUGGUGCUGGUUAGGGGCAUUUCACUACCUGUGUCAUCAUCCGUAGGUCCCGGACCCCUUAAGCCCGUCCUGCCGCCUCAGCCGAUGACCGUCAAUCAGCCUCUGGUGGCAAGCUCACGGGCCCCUCCUAACAUGAACACGGCACAUCCUUAUCAGAAUCCGCCCACCAUGAUUGCUGCUCAGGUGGCUGCAAAGAUUGUGGAGGCAGCCAAAGGCCAAAAUAACCGAUACUCUGGUUUGGUGAACACAGGACCGGCAUUUGCCGGCCAGUCGGGCAUGCCGUCGCUGUCGGGAGUGAAGAUCAACCAGCCCAGCAUCUCCACCGUCACAACAGCCACUGGACCCAUGAUGCCACAGCAGCAAGGCGCUCCCAACCCACAACAGCCAGCGGGGUUGCCGCCGCCGGGCCAGCCGCCACCCAGUCAGCAGCCUCAGCCCGCUCCCCAGCAGCAGCCGCCGCCCAACCAGCCUGUGCCACCCACCGCGCAGCCCAAUAUGCCGGGAGUACAGCCAUCGCAAGUGAACCCUAAUCCCCUGGGACAGCAACAGGGCAUGGCCAAUAAGAUUGUGGCGUGGAGCGGCGUGCUGGAGUGGCAGGAGAAACCCAAGGCCUCCUCGUUGGAUUCCGCUACCAAUCUGACACGCUCCCUGCCAUGUCAAGUACAGGUCAACCAGGGGGAGAACCUGAACACGGAUCAGUGGCCGCAAAAGCUCAUCAUGCAGCUCAUCCCACAGCAGCUUUUGACCACGUUAGGGCCGCUGUUCAGGAAUUCAAGAAUGGUUCAGUUUCUCUUCACCAACAAGGACAUGGAGUCGCUUAAAGGCCUGUACCGCAUUAUGGCCAACGGUUUUGCCGGUUGCGUGCACUUCCCGCACACCACAUCGCCGUGUGAGGUGCGCGUGCUCAUGCUGCUCUACUCGUCCAAGAAGCGAAUCUUCAUGGGCCUCAUCCCUAAUGACCAGAGCGGCUUCGUCAACGGGAUCCGGCAAGUCAUCACCAACCACAAGCAGAGUCACCGUGCGAUGGGCGGCGGUGGUGGUCCUAUGCAGCCCGGUCAAGUUCCCCCCAAUCAAAACUUCCUCAACCGGCCCCCCGGCCCCAUCCCUGUCUCCCACGGCAACGUACAGCAACAGUCGGUGGUGGUGGGCAUGCCCCCUGUUAGUCAGGUCGGUAUGAUGGAGGAGCAACAAAGGCAGAACAACAUGAUGAAUAUGCGAGCCGCCGGGCCCAACGGCCAGCAGCCGCCCGUCAGCGGGGCACCACCUAAUCAAGUGACGCAGGGCGGCCAGGCUCCACCCCAGGGACCUAUCCUGCGUCUAUCCAACCCGGGGGCCAACCCGCAACUGCGCAGUCUCCUUCUCAGCCAGCAGCAGCCGCAGGGCGGCGUGGCCCACAUGCCCGGGAUGAUGUCUCACCAGGGACUCGGACAGCAGAUGGUCCACUCGGCACCGGGAGGGGGCGCUCAAAUGCAGGCGCAGUGGAGACAGCCUAUGCCAGGUCAGAUGCUGAUGUCUGGAGCUCAGCGGGGGGCCGUACCCCAACCCGGAAUGCCCCAAGUGUCCAGCGUCAUGGAGGAUGAAAUCCUUAUGGACCUCAUUUGA